GCAACGGUGUCGUUCUCUUCUUCUUCGCUUAGUUCGGUUCGUGCUUUUUGGGGGGGCAAAACGCGUUUCAGCUGUUGCCGUUUUCUGCAAAUUCAGAUAGGGUUUCGCUUGAGCUUUGAUCUCUCUCCCCAUCUCGCCGUUCCUUUCUUUGGAUUCUUAUAUCGAAUUGCUGCAUCUGAAUUCUCGGUUUCGAAGGGAGUAGAAGUAAGGGCUUUUUUUGAGUUUCGUUGAGCGCGCUGCUGGUGCUGUUUUCAGUUACUGGCUGUUUAAUUAAUUUUCAUGACAGUAAUUCCCGUUUACCUCGUAUCUGGGAGGCUAAUUUUGUAGUAGGGUUCAAAGAAAUGAAGAGUACCAUAUUGAAUUUUAGUUGUUUUAUUUUCUUCUGUUAUGGGCAUCUCUGAACAGUUAUCCUGAACUGCACCACGCCGUUAGGGUUGGUGGGACAAGCUGAUUUGGUGAUUUUCUUCCAUGGUUGGCACUGGAUGUGGACAUAACUUGAAGCUUUUGGUUAAUUAAAUCAUUGAGCAUUGUUAUGGCCAAGAGUAGGCUUUCUGGUGGUUAUUUUGGCAAUGCACUAGAUACUGCUGGUGAAUCAGAGGGAUCUGGUACCUCAGGAAGAAUGGACACCGAAAUUACUGUUUCGGAGGACUCUAGUAUCCCCACCAGGAAAUGUAUUAGUUUGAAUUCAAGCCGCCGUGACCGAAUUGGUGUUCCCAUGCAAGUUCUCCCCUUGUCAAAUUUGUCACCUUUUCAAAGAAAAGAUCUGGUAAGUCGGUUAAGAUCCGAGCUUGAACAGAUUCGGUUGGUUCAAAAGAAAGUUGAACUACAAAGAACGAAUGGUGUUACAUUGUCGUCCUCCAGUGAUAUUCUUAGCUGUAGUAAUGGCAAUAAUGGGCAUCGAGUGGAGAAUUCGAGAAAACCAUCCAUAUCCAAUUCUGUCCCAGAGAAUAAAUUGAAACCAUUAGGUAAGAGUCAAAAACCUCGUGGAUGGAACCGUGGCACUUCUGGAAAAUUUGAGUCUGCAACAAGGACUUCUUCACCAAGCACUGUGAAUACUUUGUUGAUGAAAGAUUGUGACUCACUCUUGAAAAGAUUGAUGAAUCACCAGUAUGCUUGGGUUUUCAAUACCCCUGUAGAUGUGGUGAAGUUGAAUCUUCAUGACUAUUUCAGUAUCAUUAAGCAUCCUAUGGAUUUGGGUACAAUAAAAAACAAGAUAGUUGCAGGAGCAUACACAGGCCCAUUGGAAUUUGUUCAUGAUGUGAGGCUUACAUUUUCAAAUGCAAUGACCUAUAAUCCACGCGGGAAUGAUGUCCAUUUAAUGGCUGAUACCCUUAGCAAAUAUUUUGAAGUGAGAUGGAAAACAAUUGACAAGAAACUGCCAAGAACUGAUGUUCUACCUUUGCCUGCGAAGCCAGAUACUUGUGAAGAUGUGGAAAGUACUAGACCAAUGCCUCCUUCAAAAAAGAGGAAAUUUGCCUUAUUGCCACCACAACCGGAAGUUAUGCUACCUGCUAAGAAGGUUAUGUCGGAUCAAGAGAAGCUUAAUCUAGGCAGAGAAUUGGAGUCUUUAAUGGGAGAAAUGCCUGUCCAUAUCAUUGAUUUCUUAAAAGAACAUAGUUCAAAUGGUAGGGAAUGCGGAGAGGAUGAGAUUGAGAUUGAUAUUGAUGAUCUCAGUGAUGAUACACUGUUCACAUUGCGAAAGCUUUUGGAUGAUUUUUUGCAAGAGAAGCAAAAGAACAAAGCAAAAGUUGAAGCGUGUGAAAUAGAGGUGUUGAAUGAUUCUGGACCAAGCAAUUCCUCAUUGCAACCAUUUAAAGGUAAUGAUCCAGCUGAUGAAGAGGUUGACAUUGGUGGAAAUGAGCCCCCUGUCUCAAGCUAUCCUCAUGUGCAGAUUGAAAAGGAUACAACUUCCAGAAUAAACAAAUGUCUCAGUCCAGGCAGCUCCAACGAUAAGGACUCUAGUAGUUCUUCUGAUAGUGAAUCUGAUGAUGUUAAAGCAAGUCCAGCAAAUGUAGCAAAGGUACCUGAAAAUCUGAGUUCUGAAGCUCAGUUAGAUGAAAAGACCAGGGCAGCUGAUACUCUUGAAAGAAAUCAAUCUGUUAGUGGCUUAGAUCAACUCGAGGAUAACUGUAAGCAUAAGCCAGGUUCUUUUGACUCUGAUUGCCAUCAAGAUGGGGACAGUGGUCCAACUGAGAGACAGGUCUCCCCUGGUAAACUUUAUCGAGCUGCAUUAUUGAAGAAUCGAUUUGCUGAUACUAUCUUGAAAGCUCGAGAAAAGACACUCACACAAGUUGAGAAGGGAGAUCCUGAGAAAUUGCGCCGGGAAAGGGAGAAACUGGAGAUGGAGCAAAGGAAAGAAAAGGCAAGGCUACAAGCAGAAGCAAAGGCUGCUGAAGAUGCUCGAAAGCGGGCAGAAGCAGAAGCUGCUGCAGAGGCCAGACGAAAGAGGGAGCUUGAGAGAGAAGCUGCACGACAAGCAUUGCUACAGAUGGAAAAGACUGUUGAAAUCAAUGAGAAUUCUCGAUUUCUCGAAGAUUUGGAAAUGCUUAGAGCUGUACCUGCUGAGCAAUUGCCAAGCUCUGUAGAUGAGACUAGUCCUGAUCAUUCUCAGGAUGGCCUGGGUAGUUUCAAAUUUGGGAGUAGCAAUCCCUUGGAACAACUGGGAUUAUACAUGAAAGUUGACGAUGAAGAGGACGAAGGAGAGCCACCCUGUGUUCCAAAUCCUGUAAAUGAUGUAGAAGAGGGAGAGAUUGAUUAAGCAAUGCACAUUUUGGAUGAUCAAUCAGAGGAGCAAAAUACAAUUAAUUAUCUUGAUCACGAGAAAAUUUCCCAAGCAUUUUAGUUCCCAUAAUGCGUUGAUACAUCAUGAAUACUGAAUAGGACGGAGCAUAUUUUCUUGUGGCUGCAUGACAAGUUGGCAACAUAGGAUCGGUUUGAACAGAAACCAAGGUACAUCAACCUUGUUUUUCCAAUACGCUAGUGGUUAUAGCAUCGCGUCCCUUCGUCUAGAUUAAGUUGUACAGAAGAUAGGUGAAGUAGUCUUUGAAUCUGUGAACGUUGAAGUAGGUCCAUUUUCUAAAUACUCGUGCUUGUAUUUGCGUUUGGCUAUUUUCUCUUACUAUUAGAAUUUUGUUUAAAUUUUAAAGUCUGUUCCAUCUUCAGAACGCUAUAACCGUAAU